AUGCACCGCUACAUUUCCUGGAUUGCAAAAGCUGGCUUCAAGGAGCUUGGCAUUGAGCAGCAACAAGGAGGUUGGCUUGAUCUCGCCGGUAUCGCGGCAGCAGUUACAAGGAACAGGAAGGAUCUCGGGGAUUUUGACGCGGAGAAGUUAAAGAUGUAUAUCCAGGAGACCGAUGUCGAUGGACGCUUUGAGAUCAACGGCCUCCAGCUCCGGAAAGUCGACAAGGCAGAUCGACGACGCAGAGAUUCGCAACGAUCGCCUUUCGAGCCCAGCAGCGCCCCAACAGGGCAGGCCGCAGUGCGCGAGCCAAUGGAGAUGCUAGAGGUGUCUUCAUCUGCAUCAUCUGGUCGACAUCGCAGGCGGUCUCGAUCGUUGUCGUUGGGGUCUGAUUCCGACAGGCUAGGUGCAGAUGACCCAGAGGAUGAUGCUUUGGCAGCGAGGUGUCAAAACCUCCGGGUUUCUGGCGACAUGGAAGAUGUCAAGCCGGAAAUCAAGACAGAGCUCAGGCCCAACAAAGGUACAGUGCAGAUUCCCACGCCGGAUCCUCCGCCGGGGGAGUACUGGACUCAAUACAAGGACGAGGGUGACAAAGGUCUGUUUUGGUGGUUCUACGAUGGUCCAUUGGGUCAGUGGUGGGUUGGCCAGGAUGGUGGGGAGCCUUUGCAAUAUUGUGGCUGA